UCCACUGAACAAUCACUUCUGAUCGCCCUAACGUCAGGAGAAUCGUCUUCCCUACUUCACAUAAACAUAAAAUUAAUCAAACACAUAACACUCAAUGAAAAUGCUGUCUACAGAACAUCGCUUAAAAAAUCUUCUUGGGUUGAGUCCUCAAGCUACUGAAAGGACACAAUCGACUGCAUACGGUUCAUUCAUAGGACCCUCACAUAGAGCAUUGCUUCCUCAUUAUUCAUCUUCAUCUUCGCCUACCAUGGUAGCAACCUACCAUACGAUCAACCCAAUGGCUGAGCUGUCCAUUUCCAGCUCUCCAGUCACAUCCCAAGCACGAACUCCUAUCCUAAGAAAGGCAAAAAGUUACGCUAUUCAAAGUACAGAGGAGUCGUUGGACCAUUCUCCAAGACAAAGUAGAGGAACGGCAAAUAUACCAUGUAAAUUUUAUAGGAACGAUGCUUGCACAGCAGGCGCAAAUUGCCCUUUUUUACACAGCAGCAAUCCAGACCAUGCAUCGACAACCGUUUGCAAGUACUACCUGAAGGGAUCUUGUAAAUUUGGCAACAAAUGUGCCCUGUCGCAUUCCUUUCUUACAACAUCACCGAACAUUUAUGGAUCUCCCAUGAGCAGUAGAAUGAUGUACAGAGGAGCAAGUACAGAGAGUAGUCUAAAUUUUUAUGAGUGGGACCUUGCCUGUACAAACGAGUCAUCGUCCCUCUUGAGCGAUACAGGUUCGAACAAAGAAGAUCAUCGCGUCUCAGACAUGUUUCCCAGCUGGAAGGAGCUUAGCCCGAUCGCAUCCAAUGUAACCACGCCAAAUAUUGACAACCGAUUUUCCAGUCCACGUACACCCAUUUCACAAUCCCUUAAUUCGGUAGAGCCUUACUCCACAAGCAGUAGUAUUACCGAUGGUUUUAGCAAUAGCGCCUUUUAUGUUCCACAAGGGCGAAACUAUUUUCAACACUCAUCCCCUCGUCCCGCAGCGAUGACUUCAUUGGAAGGGGCUAGCUACUUCAAUGAUGAAUGGUCAUCAAAUAACCAAAAGUCGUACACGUCUCAAGAUAUUGGCGACGAUGCCAAUCUUGCUCGUUCGUUAGACGAAAUAUUUGCUACGGUCUCAUCUGAACGAACCUCAAAAACCAUCCGAAGACCUAAACAACGUUUGAGUACUUUACCUGAUUCCCAAGCUACAUCCUACGCUGGUCUGUUUGAAAACUUAUUCACGGAGAAAUUGAGCUCGAUCACUUCUAAUGGCUAUGAAUUGGAGCUGACCAAAGACAUAUUGCGAAUGCGGGAUGAUCGCAGACGAGCGUCAGAGCCUUCCGUAGGUCUCGCCAUGAGGGAUUCUCAAGAAACAACUGACUUUGUGCAGUCUACUGACAGGUCACGAGAAAGCUUUGAAAGGCGGAUGGAUGGUGAUAUUGAAAUGACGUUCCUGAUGGACUGAUCUUCCAUAAAAAUAAAUGAUAAUACUGAUUGUGUAUACUUUCGACGCUGUUGUCACCAUCAAAAACUAUAUAUAUAUAUAUGUUCGACAUCCGUAUCAAUACACC